AUGGCGUUUGCUCCAGCGUCGGCCUCAGCCGACAUCAAGAAGGAAAGGCUUUCUUUUGCAAAGAUCGCCGCCGCAGGCAUUAAGCCACCAAGUACACAGCUAACCUCUAACAACAACAAUACCAACUCAAAUGCUCAGCAAAAGCAAGACAUAACUUCUCAGCCGCGAGACGGCGCCCCUAUUGUCACUCCUUCAAACGGCCACACGCAACCGCCGAAUCUACCUAAACCCAAGAAAAUUGUUCAACUUGUAUCGCGAGGACCACAGGAUAUACAGAAGUCGGACAUGGCUACUAAGAGCAGCCCUGAAGUGCACGUGCAGAUGGUCGAGUCUGUUCCACAGCAGCAACGGCAUCAUGCACCAGAAGGCUCGCUAGUGCCUGCACCAGAUGACAGCGGCACUCAAAUAUCCUCAUCAAGCGGGUCUAACAAGCCUCAGAGUCUGGACGGGAAGAGCGUCGCCUCUGGCACCAACUUCACACUCGAUGAGAAGGACUCCUUACGACCUGACGACAGUGCCAGUGUCAAAGCGGUGGAUGAAGAUGAUAUGUUCUCACCCCCUGGAUCUGGCUUGCUCAACUCUCGCAUUGGAUCGGAUGAUGGCGUGCGAGCUGCUUUCAGGGACCAGCUCCGUGAGAUAUCAUCCGCAGAAGCUCGUGGACGACCUCAGAUGCUCAGUACUUCGUCCAGAGGUGUACUCUAUGUUCCACCUCAAGGACCUGGUAUAGGCGCUGUGCCGAACGUCGUGCGAAGCAUACCGGAAGAUGGCGCUGUCGGCGUGGAGUGCCCACCUGAUCAGAAACUUCUGGAGGCCUUGGACAACCCUCGAGAUCGCGUGUGGGUUUUGAAGCUGGAACAGGAUGUCAUUGACUUUGUCAAGGACCCGAAAGAAUCCUCGAUGACACUGCCACAAUGCCAUUCCUUCUAUCGAUUGCUUGCCCACAAGAUGGCCGACUACUACAUGCUUGGUCAUCACAUCGAAGACCAAUCGGCUGCAGUACGUUUGUACAAGACGCCAGAUUGUCGUAUUCCGCCACCUUUGACAGCCACCGCUCCCUCCACUGCAGUCAGUACCCCGCCUCCUACUGCGCCGGCGAUGAAGAUUCUGCGCCGAGACAACGGGCCUGCUAUUGCAAAUGGCUCCAAUAUGCCUUCCAAGAGUGGUUCCGAGAAUGGCGACAGUGGAGAUGAGAAGAAGACGAAAGGGCCCGUGUCGCGCGAGGAGAGAGAGGCGAGGUACGAGGCUGCCAGGCUGCGCAUCAUGGGCUCUGCGAAGCCUGGUGAUGUGACCGAGGUGCCAAAGGAGAAACAAGACUCGCGGGCCAGUUCCACCACCGGCAAGAAGAAGAAGAAUAAAGCACGUCUCGAUGACGAUGACGGCUUCGAGGCACGAUCUGCUUACGCUAACUUCUACACUCCGCCAUACGGCUCCGACGGCCAGCAAGCUCAAUCGUCUUACAACUACCCGGACUUCACAGAUGGCGCACAUGGACAAUAUGCAGAUCCUUACGGAACGCCCGUGCCCGCGGGUGUGAACGUUCGAGCUCCUAUGCAACAGGGUGAACACACAACGUGGACACAACAGUCUUUCGACCCAGCACAAGCCUGGGCGCAAGGGCAGCCUGGCGGAUACGAUCUGUUAGCGGACUUUCAGCGAUCCAUGACGUUCCAGAAUCAGAUUCCGGCUCCCACCUCAUCAAGUAUGGGUCACAACACAGCUUACGGUUCACAAUACUACGGCGGAGCAUCAGCGUGGCCACAACAGCAGUACGAGAUCCCAACGCAGUCACCUCAGUCCGGGUAUGGGUACAACAUCACUUCGCCUUCACAGUAUAGUCAACAGCAACAAGAGCAUUCGUAUGCAUUUGGACAACUUCCAAGCCAAGCUUUCCCAGGCAAAGCGCCCAGCAUGACCGAGCAUCCCCUGCCUGGAAGCUACAAGGGCAAGCACUUCAACCCGCAGAGCCAAUCUUUCAUACCGGGUCAAGCCAACACUGGAAGACCGUAUACUCCUCAGCAAGGUCUAAAUGGCAGUAACAAUGCCUUCACGCCCAGCUUCAGCUCUCCGGCUCAGCUUCAACGUCAGACCUCAGCUCAGUCACAAAGCUCGACUUUCGGAUCUCCACACCACGGCUCGCCACACCACCACUCGCCGCACGCAAUUCAGAAUCGACCGCAGAACCAGGCGCCUUUGAUGCAUCCCCUGCCACAGCCAGUCUUCCCAAGACAACCUUCGCCGAGCCUGCCUCUCCCUCCUAAGCCAGGUGCGACACCCCAGCAGCACCCCUUUGCCAACGGCAUGAGUCCACCAAACAACCAGCAGAACCAGAGCUUGCUUGCUAAGUGGGGCACUCCGGCUUCACUGCCCGCGAAGCCAUCUAUAUCCGCUGAGCAAUACGAGGCGAUGAAGGCGCAGCAGAUGCCAAGGCAGACUUUCUGCAACCCAGCGGCAGCAUUCUCAGCACGACUGCCAAAUGUCCCGUCACCAGCAUACCCGUCCUUCGGAUCUAUGCCACAGCCGGGACCUGGCCAGAUCGUCAAUGGGAGCUACACUGGUGGGAACAGGCGGAUGUGA